AUGGAAGAAAUUGAUAGAAUUUUAAUACAAAGUUUACGUGAUAUUGGUUGUCAAAUAGAUGAUUCAUUUCAAAAUGUAAAUGAAUUGAAUGUAAACACAUUAUUGGGUUGUGUUUCUCAAUGUCUUCAAUUAAUAACUAGUAAUAAAGAAUUACCAACACAUUUACCACCAAAUAUAUCAACACGAUUUAAAGUUUGCGAUGAAUUAGCACAACUUUGUCAGUCUAAUGGUUAUAAAGGUGAUAUUGGUUAUCAAAUAUUUUUAAGUAUAAAUGAACAUGAAACAAGAAAAUUACUUAAUUGUCUUAUUGAAAAAGUACCAAGAGAAGAUCCUUGGGAAGCUCUUGAACGAAUUUUAUCAAAUAAAAUUAUAAGUCAAUUAUCUGAUUCAACAUGGGUACCACAUGAUCUUGUUAUUGAUCUUUGUAACAUUCCAACAUAUCAUCCAGCUGCAUCAUUUCCUCAUAAAUCACUGGUUUUACACCAACAAAUUGUUGUCAAGUAUCACGUUUUCAUAUUUCUCCAAUUAAUGGAAAAAAUAAAUUAUCAGCCAAAAAAUGAUGAUUUAUUAUUAACACAAUCACGUUUUAUGCAUACAAAUAUUGUUGAACAACAAUCAAAUGGUUUUGAUGAAAAUCCAAAACGUAAUAUUGAUCAUAUAGAAGAAUUAGAAACAUUAAAAACAACAAUUAAUGAAAAUGAUGAAAUUAUUCAUCAACUUGAAUUACAAUUACAAAAAUUAGAAGAAAGUAUUAAAAAAUAUGAACGAUUUUCAGAUGAAACAAAAACAGAAAUUGAAAAUUUAAAUAAAGAUAUGACCGUAAAAAAAACAAGCAGCUUUCUUAUCUACUAUCAAUUGAUCUAGAAACAGAAUGUUUACAAGUAAAUAUUAAUUUUUUCUUAAUUCCAGAGCUAUGUAAAUAAAAAAUAUACGUACUCGUGUUAUAUCCUGCCAUCUAUAUAGUUAUAUUUCUUUCGCGUGUGUG